AUGGAAGAGGCGCCUGCGAAUAACCAGGUCGAUCUCAAUCUGGGAUGGGAAGAAGAAGACUAUGAGGUAGCUUUUCCUAAUGAAGAGCCAUACCAACAGGUGACCCCAAGGCUGAGGCUGGUUGGGAAAGUGUUAGGAGAGAGGGACGUCAGCAAAAGAGCCAUGGUGGGAAUGAUCAACGGGGCUUGGUCCCAUUUCAGCGAACCAACUGUGCAAGAUAUCCCCAAGUUCAGAAACAUCUUUAUAUUCAUUUUUAAUCACAAGGAGGAGAUGGACAGAGUCUGGGAAGGAAGGCCGUGGCAAAUCUCUGGGAAUACUCUCCAACUGAAGCCAUGGGAAGAGAACAUUCGCCCCCAAAACAUCAAUUUUUACUUGGCUGAUUACUAG